AUGAGUGCCCCCGCACCUACUGGAGGAAAGAAGCAGAAGAAGAAGUGGUCUAAGGGCAAGGUCAAGGACAAGGCCCAGCACGCCGUCGUCCUCGACAAGACCACUUCGGACAAGCUCCAGAAGGAUGUCCAGUCGUACCGUCUCAUCACCGUCGCGACCCUGGUCGACAGGCUGAAGAUCAACGGCUCCCUUGCCCGCAAGGCCCUCUCCGACCUCGAGACCAACGGCCAGAUCAAGAAGGUCGUCAGCCACUCCAAGUGCACCGUCUACACCCGUGCUGUCGGCCAGGAGUAAAUCCAGCCCCUCCGACAACGAAAAACACAGUGCGAGCGAGCGUGUGCGGGGUACCCAGGCAAUGACCAGAAGCGGAGCAGCUAGCAAAAACGGGGUCUUUUUUUCUUUUUUGCGGUGUCAAUAAAGCGGGGAAACAUUCUUCUUCCUUUACCCUCUUCUUUUAUUUAACGGGGCCGGCGCUGCAAAA